CUGGUCUUCCACCUCCGCGUCUCUCUCUCUUCCAACAACGACAAGUGGAUUCAUAAUCGCUUUGAUCUCGACCUUCAGAUUGGGCUCGAUGCUUCUCUUGAAAGCUAUUCGCAAGAGUCGCCGUACCUUUCGGUGUUGCGUAGGCGGGAAGCAGAGCAAGUGAACACUCCGACAUUAGAAGUUCAGAAGAUGCAGCAGUCAAAUAAGAACCCGAGUCAUUCUCUCCAUUAAUCAACGAAGCUGGAAAGUAUCGAUCGUUCCGCUUCAUCGUGCUUGUUUCUUAUACUCCCGUACAUAUUUUCCUGCCUUUGGAGAUGGCUCGCAACAAAGAAGCUCUAGUUCUGGUUGUUGAUGUGGGCCCUACGAUGCAUGAUAUUCUUCCCGACAUUGAAAAACUCUGCACAAUGCUUGUACAGAAGAAGCUUAUGUACUCUAAGAAUGAUGAAGUAGGCAUUGUCCUGUUUGGCACAGAAGAAACCAAAAAUGACCUACAGAAGGAGGUGGGUGGAUAUCUACAUGUUGUGGUUUUACAGGAUAUCAAAGUCGUAGAUGAUGUUACAGUGGAUAAUUUGCGUGAACUUCCAAGAGGAACUCGCAAUGGAGAUUUUCUUGAUGCUAUUGUUGUCGGAAUGGAUAUGUUGAUAAAGAAAUUUGGGCCUACAAACAAGGGAAAACAUCGCCUUUGUCUUAUAACUGAUGCACAACACCCCGUCAAGGAGCCAGAUGAAGGCUGUAAGGCAGAUCAGGUUAAUACGAUUGGUCAAUUGAUGAAAUCUCAUGGAGUGCGAUUGGAUUGCAUAGUUGUAAAGGUUAAGUUGGCUAGGUCAGUUCAACAGAAGGCAGCAGAUGAGAAUAUUGAUCUACUGAAUCAAUUUUCUAAGAAUACGAUCUCUAAAAUCAUUCAUGUUGAUGGUCCGACAUCAUUGCUUGGAGCUCUUAGGACUCGGAACAUUUCCCCUGUUACUGUUUAUAGAGGAGACCUUGAAUUAAGUUCAAGCAUGAAGAUCAAGGUUUGGGUUUACAAGAAAACAGCUGAGGAGAAAUUUCCUACAUUGAAAAAAUAUUCUGACAAAGCACCACGAAAUGAUAAAUUUGCCACUCAUGAACUCAAAAUUGAUUAUGAAUACAAAAACACAGAAGAUUUUGGUAAGGUUGUUCCGCCAGAGCAAAGAAUAAAAGGCUAUCGAUAUGGACCUCAAGUUGUUCCUAUAUCUUCGGCAGAAUGGGAGGCAGUAAAGUUCAGACCUGAGAAAAGUGUGAAGCUUCUGGGAUUUACUGAUUCUUCUAACAUAAUGCGGCACCAUUACAUGAAGGAUGUAUAUGUAUUUAUUCCUGAGCCGGGUGAUACAAAAGCAAUCCUAGCAGUUUCUGCCCUGGUAAGAGCCAUGAAGGAAAUGAACAAAGCUGCAAUUUUGCGAUGUGUAUGGAGACAGGGACAAGGGAAUGUUAUAAUUGGAGUGUUGACACCUAAUAUCUCUUCUGCUGAUAAUAUUCCAGAUUCAUUUUUCUUGAAUGUACUUCCCUUUGCUGAGGACGUGAGAGAGUUCCAGUUUCCAUCAUUUAAUAAUCUACCUGCAUCACGGCAGCCAAAUGAACUACAGCAAGAAGCAUCAGAUAACCUGGUCAAAAUGCUUGACCUUGCCCCAGGUGGCCAAGAGGAGUUGUUGAAACCUGAAUUAACACCAAAUCCUGUCCUACAGCGUUUCUAUCAGUCCCUUUUUUUAAGAUCGAAGCAUCCAGAUGCUCAGCUCCCCCAACUCGAUGCAAGCCUUUUGAGGAUAACUGGACCUGAUUCCGAUAUUCUUCCUGAGCUGAAUUCUGAAGUUGAUAAUUUCAGAAAGCAAAUUGAGCUGAGGGAUAAUCCAAAGAAAAGGAGGUCUACUAAACGUGCAUUAUUAGAAAAACCAUCGGGCUCAAAUGAGGAAGCUGCCGCUGUUGUUCAAGCAAUUGACUAUCAUAAUGCGGGUCCUUCUGCAGUUAAGGUCGAAAAAAUUGGGUCUUCCAAUCCCCUUAAAGAUUUUGAAGAAAUGAUGGCACGCAGAGAUGGAUCAAAAUGGGUUGAAAAAGCAAUCAAAGAAAUGCAAGACCAUAUUUAUGGCCUUCUAGAAAAUUCUUAUAAAGGAGACAACUAUCUAAAUGCAACCGAAUGUUUGAUAGCUCUUCGCAACAGUUGCAUUCGGGAGCAGGAACCAAAGAAGUUCAAUGAUUUCCUGCAUUAUCUAUGUGAAAAUCAGAAGACGCUGGAUCUCCGUGAUUUCUUUGAGCUUCUUUCAUCCAAAAAUAUCACUUUAAUCACUAAAACUGAAGCUGCAGACAGUGACGUGAAGAUGGAAGAUGCCAAACUUUUGCCCCUAAAAAAUGAGAUAAUUUCUCAAGAGUAAGGAAAUCUUAUACGCUGAGUGCUCCUCGCUAACGGUUGAUGCUUUAUUAUUGACAGAAACUGUAGGUGGGGAUUCUUGUAAUUAGGCGGCUCUCCAUGUGAUAAAUUUUGAAUUGUAAUAU